ACAUCGCGUCUCGAUACCGCCGCUCCCCAGCCCCCGGUCACCGUCACUUGACAGAAUGAGCGUGUGGGCGGACUCACGCUGAAUGCAGGAAGUCGUGGCAGUCUGCCUGCUCCUGCGUUAAGAUGAAAGCCCCCGGUACUUUCGGAAACUGGCUUUACUGACUUCUUUUAAGUCAGCGUUGAAGAAAGUUUCUGUCUUUAAUGGCAUGUUUCCAGGAUUCUGACACUUCGGAAGCCGUACAUUUGUUCUUCGCACUGUGCAGGGCGGAUGUACGAUGUGCCGUGGAAGUGACCCUGAAGAGAGGAGCGCUUUGACACGGUGGUCUAUCAGUCAAACUGCACAAAUAAAAACUUGAAUGUAACUCCAGUUCGGCCCAGAAAGAAAAAAAAAAACAAAAACAAACAAACAAACCAGUUAUUCCUUUGAAGUUUGGGAAUCCCCACUUUUCACCGGUUUACAUGUGUAGGUCACUUCGUUACUGCGUUAGUCACUGUUUGCACGCAGCGAUGACAAAACUAGAAGAGGCAAAUAAAGAAGUCAACAUGCAUUCAUCAGUCAGAUACCUGGGCUAUUUCGCAAGGAUAAGUUUGCUAGUCGCUAUAUGCAUGGGCCUUUAUGUUAGAUGGGAGCAGACCGCGGAUACCCUGAUAUUAGUAAUAUUCAUAUUAGGCCUCUUCAUCCUUGGAAUUGCAAGCAUCUUGUACUAUUAUUUUUCAAUGGAAGCCGCCAGCGUAAGCCUUUCCAAUCUCUGGUUCGGAUUCCUACUUGGUCUCCUUUGCUUUAUUGAUGAUUCCAAGUUCCGGCAUGAUGUAAAGGAAGAAGCCACCAAAUACUUGCUCGUUUCCUCCAUAGGUAUAAGAACUUUGUGUGCUCUGGUGGAGCGAAUUUGUGGCUGUGUUAGACAUCGUCCCACUUUUCUGACCUCUGCUGAGUUUCUGGAGCUCGUUGGCUUUGCGAUCGCCAGCACUAUCAUGCUGUUAGAAAAAUCCAUAAGCAUCAUCUUGCUAGUAGCUGCGUUUGCCUUGUUAAUUAUUGAUUUGCGGAUGAAGACCUUCCUCGCUAUUCCGAACUUGGUGACUUUUGCAGUCCUGGCACCUGUGCUGUUUUUCCCGUCGUUGCAGAUUCCUGUGAACCCGUAUGCCUUGUCUUGUUUCUUUUGUUGCAUUGUAAGCGAGCCGCUCCUUGAUGUCUACUUCAGUGGGCUCUCUGUUACAGAACGAUGGAAGCCAUAUCUGUACCGGAGAAAUAUUUGCAGGAGGCUUUCAGUUGUCUUAAUUGGGAUCAUCGAGUUUAUCUUUUUUGUGCUUGCUGCCUUAAAAUUAAGUGACCUACAGCUCUGGUAUUUUGUUAUUCCUGGCUUUUCCAUUUUUGGCAUUUUUUGGUUGAUCUGUCAUAUCAUAUUUGUAAUUACCCUGUGGGGCUUCCAUACAAAACUAAAUGAUUGUCACAAAGUAUACUACACCCACAGACCAGAUCACAACAGCCUGGACAGAGUUAUGGCUUCAAAAGGAAUGCGUCAUUUUUGCCUAAUUUCUGAGCGUUUGGUCUUCUUCAGUCUGCUUGCGACAGCAGUUCUUGGUGCUGUAUCUUGGCAGCCAUCUAAUGGGAUCUUCAUGAGCGUGUUCCUGAUUGUAUUACCCUUGGAGUCCAUGGCGCAUGGUCUUUUCCAUGAAUUGGGUAGUUGUCUGGGAGGGACCUGUGUUGGAUAUGCAGUUGUGAUACCCACAAACUUCUGCAGUCCCAAUGGACAGCCUUUGCUUCUUCCACCAGAACAUGUACAGGAACUGAACAUGCGGUCAACGGGGAUGUUAAAUGGUAUCCAGCGAUUCUUUGCCUCUCACAUGAUUGAAACCUAUGGGUGUGACUACUCUACAAGUGGACUUAAUUUUGACACUCUGCAUUCAAAAAUUAAAUCUUUCCUGGAGCUAAGAACGUCUGACGGUCCCAGACACGAUACGUACAUCAUAUAUUACAGUGGACAUUCCCAUGGCACUGGGGAGUGGGCAUUAGCAGGUGGUGAGACGUUGCGUUUUGAAACUCUGUUGGAAUGGUGGCGAGAGAAAAAUAGUGCCUUUUGCUCAAGACUUAUAAUCGUACUUGACACGGAGAGUUCCCAGCCAUGGGUUAAGGAAGUCAGAAAAGUUAACGAUCAGUACAUUGCUGUCCAAGGGGCUGAACUGGCGAGGGUAGUAGAUAUCGAAGAAGCAGAUCCUCCACAGCUGGGUGAUUUCACCAAGGAAUGGGUGGAGUACAACUGCAACCCUGACAAUAACAUCAGCUGGUCUGAGAAAGGACGUACCGUGAAGGCAAUAUAUGGUGUGUCGAAACGCUGGAGUGACUAUACACUGCAUUUACCAACUGGGAACGAUGUCACCAAACAUUGGAUAAUCUAUUUCCCUCGCAUUACUUACCCACUUGUUCAUUUAGCCAAUUGGUGCGGUGCUCUUAACAUGUUCUGGCUCUGCAAAGUUUGCUACAAUUGCCUCAAAAGGUUAAAAAUGAAUUGGUUUCUCCCAGCGGUGCUUGAUACUGGCCAAGGCUUUAAACUAGUAAAAUCCUAAUUUGCACCAAAAUUAAGAUGGGGGGCCAUUGAACUCUGACAGCAGUCUCCCAAAAUAUAUACACUUCAGCUUGAAA